AUGAUUUGGGGUUACACACCGAAUGGCGUGUUCUCGACGCGGACGGCCUACGAAGUCUUGACAAUGAGGGAAACGGACCAUAACCGGCUGGUAUGGAAAGCAAUAUGGCGCGCUCCGGUGGCCCAACGAGUGCGGCACUUUCUUUGGUUGGUAAAGAGGGACCGACUGUUUACGAAUAUGGAAAGGGUUCGUAGGCACAUGGCUGAAGAUGCCGCAUGUGUUUUUUGUGGUCAACUCGAGUCGACGGUUCAUGUGUUGGGGGACUGUGUCAAGGCGUGCAAGGUGUGGUUGAGGCUUGUUCCACGAUCGUGCAAGCUGCGUUUCUUCUCACAGGAUGUAAACGAGUGGAUGUGGACAAAUGUGGUGGAAUACUUUGUUGUUGGGCUUGAGAAUUGGGGUACCACUUUUCCAAUCGUCUGUUGGCGGCUAUGGGCUUGGAGAAAUAUGACCAUAUUUUUGAAUAAAAUCGUUCUCUUGAGGCGCAGCUGGCGGAUAUUCAAGGUAGAGUAG